AAUCAGAACUUAUCCGUCUCCCAUUGGUUUAUUUCUCGAUCCGAAGGUACUACUUCCUGUUUCUGUUGUGCCUGUGUACAGAAGGAGUAUAGCCAACUGAAAGCAUUUAAUUUUGGGUUUUUGUGAUAAACAGACCUCGCAGAACUUCAAGGAAACAAUGAUUGAAGUAGUUUGCAAUGACCGCUUGGGCAAGAAAGUCCGAGUUAAGUGCAACUCAGAAGACACAAUUGGAGAUCUGAAGAAGUUGAUAGCAGCACAAACGGGGACCAGGUGGGACAAGAUUGUGCUGAAGAAAUGGUACACGAUAUUCAAGGACCACGUGAGUCUGGGAGACUAUGAAAUUCACGACGGGAUGAAUCUGGAGUUGUAUUAUCAGUAGGAAGAAGAGGGCUGUCCCUCUCCCCUUCACCUCUUGACCUGCUCGCCCCCCCCCGCAGUAAAAGUGUCCCUCAGUUUUUGUUCUGGUCUCAUUUGGAAAUAAACUAUGUAUUUGUA